UGUCAGUUACGAAAGUGUCAAGUGUUGCGCUAUGGUGUUGAAGUGAGCAGCUUGUCCUACAGGUCCAUGCUGUUAUUGUAGGUUACAUUGAUGUCAGUUCAACAACAGCAGAUGUAGCCGACGUGGUGGAGGCAUUAGAAUAACCCGCGCCGUUAUUCUGCGAGGAGAAAGACGAAACCUUCAGUAGUUUAUCUUGUUACAGUUCGCGUUAGCUAAGACCUCGCAGUUAGCUAACGUGACAUUUCUCCGAGAUUUGCUGGAAAACUUCUCCACUGUAUUGCUGCAGUGGUACAGUAAGCCCUUAACUCAGCAUGCACCCUGACCUGUCACCUCACCUGCACACGGAUGAGUGCAAUGAACUCAUAACUCGUCUGAGGCAGUGCCACACAGAGCACAAUGUCCUGAAGUUCUUUGGCACGUGUAAUGAUGUGGAUCGCGCUAUGCGUCAGUGUCUGAAGAAAGAGCGACUGGAAAAUCGUGAGCGCAGUAAGCAGCAUGCACAAGAGAUGAAAAGGCGGCUGAAAGAAGGGCCCAAGGAGCAUCUGUGAAGGACAUUUUACUGCAACUUUGCCCCUGACACUUAAAACUAUUUAGAUAUUGGGACAUUGAAUGAAGCAGGACACCGUGGCCUCCCCUGCUAUUUUUCUGUUAAGACACUAUAUGUGUUUGAUAUUUGCGGAGAAAAACACGUGUAAUAAGUUAUAUAAAUUUUGGGAUUGUAUACUUUAACCCUCCUAACACACUUUUGACUUUUUAUUAUCUGCACAGAAUAAAACUUGCAGUGGUACCGGAACAUUUUAGGUCAACAUAAAAACAAUAGCAUCUAGUACUUUGGAUUAAAGAUUGCUGUUGGGGAUUAUCAUGUAUUUCCCCUCUGUUAGCAGCACACUGCAGCUCCAUCAAAGAGAUGAGUGUAACUGGUGGCAGAACCUUUUAUUUAAAAACAUUAUUUUGCAGGAAUAUUCUGAUUUAUUCAUGAAAACGGGGAGCGUCCACUUCAGGGUGUCAGAGAUGCAAGUAAAACGGGAUGACCAGUGGCUGGGUUACUCUCGGUGCGAACAUACAUAUUGAACAUAGGCAUUGUUUGAAUGAAUGGGGAAUCAUAUUGAUUCAUUAAAUUUAUUUCAAAUAAAGUGAAAUUAUCUGUUUAUUUAAGAAUCCAUUCUGGCUUUGAUAUAGUGUGCAUCCUUGACAAACACUUAAAGGCCUUAAAAAGUGGUCAUUCAUUUAAUUUACAAAUGCCCAUGCUCUUUUCUGCUGUAGGCAUUAGUUUUAGUUAUGAAGUGUUUUUGUAUCCAUUUGCGGGCUGUCAGGAGAUGGGGGCUGUUCAGACCUUACACCCAGUUGUGGCCAUAGCUAUGUUUCACCCGUUUCAACAGGCAACGACAAGAACUGAAUAAUUCACCCUCUUUUAAAAGAAAUUAGGGCUAAUUAUUUCACUCCAUGUGUAGAGACAGCAACACAGGUAGAAAGGGUGCUACACAACCUCCUCAGCACCACUAAAACCAGGCAUUAUUUAAACCACCAAUAUGAAUUGAAAAUAAAAAAGAGACUGAAAGAGUCUGCAAGUAUGGACAGAAGUGUUGUGAUAUAAAACCAUUCUUUAAUCAUGAAGCCUAAUGUUAGGCUACAGGUCUGUGGUUCAUCAGUGUACAAGUGUAUGAACUAUACUGCAGACUGGAGUCUCUAUUAACAGUGAUGGACAGACCUGCAUUAUGUAUGCUCGUCUCCUCUGUGAAACAUCUGUAUCCUUACAGCGCUGCGUUAUUAUAAUAAUAACGAACUGGUCGUAUGUCACAUCUUUUUCUUGUCCGGGCAUUGUCUCUCCCUUUUCAUCUCCUUCAAUUUUCAUGCAUUCGUCCCUGUUGUUGACUGUGUAGCUGAUGUGGCUGCUGUUGGUGCUGGUUGUAAUUUGUUGGUAAUAACUAUUAGAUAUAAGUUGUCCUGACCAUUUGUUUGAAUACGAAAAACACAAAUAUUGUGCACCAUCUAGUAUUAUUUCAUUAUAUUCCUCUCAGCACCCCCAACUGUGACUGCCAGUGACAUCAACACUUCUGUCCAUACUUGCACGCUCUCUCUCGCUCCUUUUUUUUUUUAAAUGAUCAAUUUAUGGUUUUUAUAAUGCCCUACUUUAUGGGUGCUGAAUUGUUGUGACUAUUUCUACUGUGCUGUCGCUGUCAAUCAUGCCUAAACUUCAAAAAAUGCAUUUAAGUUGAAGCCCAUAUACAACUAUUAGUGCAAACCAACAUAAAUGUUCUUAUUGCUAAAUGCUUUUAUUAUUAUAAAAGUUAUUUUUUUCUAUUUUCUUUUACUUUCAUACUUUGGCCUUGUAUAACUUUGAAUUAUAUGUAGUAUCAAACCGUGCAGAAACCCUGAUGAAAAUGUAAUGACAAUUUAAGCUUAAAUGUCCAGUUAUUAAUAGUUUUAUAAUUAGAGGUCAUGGUCUUCAUUCAAUAACUGCACCUCCCCUUGUCUAAGGAUGGUUUGCAGUGUUGAUUAUGGAAGGCCUCUUCGAUCUAUUUGGCCGUCUACUGGCUCUUGUUUCGAUGACCUGGUGUUACCAUGACUGAGAGUUCACGAAAUGACACCUGAGCCAUCUUCAUUUGCUGCGUGACUAGCAUGAGAUGUGUUUGAGGGCUCUGAAGUAGUAGUAAUUGGACUCUUUAAACCUGGUUUCUCUUCACCAUGUAGGGUAUUGUUCCCAAAGAUCAUCAUCUUCUUCUGUUUU